GAUCGCUCGGCGCUGGCCCUCCGUCCCGAGCGGCUUCUCCUGAGGCGGCGCUGAGGUGGUGACCGUGGUCGCGGUCGCGGUCCCCGCCUCGCCGGCUGUGGCCCGCUGUGGUCCCGGGUCAGCUCAGCGGCCGCCCAGCCCCUCGGGUCGGCGGGCGGUGGUGCGGCGGGGCGCGCGGACGCGGGCAUGACGGAGGAUGGAAGCGCAGGACGAGGUGUCGGCGCGGGAGCAGCACUUUCACAGCCAAGUGCGGGAGUCCACGAUAUGCUUCCUCCUCUUUGCCGUUCUCUACGUUGUCUCCUACUUCGUCAUCACAAGAUACAGGAGGAAGUCAGAUGACCACGAAGAUGAAGAUGCUGUCGUCAACAGGAUCUCGCUGUUUCUGAGCACGUUCACGCUCGCGGUGUCCGCGGGGGCGGUGCUGCUGCUGCCCUUCUCCAUCGUCAGCAACGAGAUCCUGCUCGCCUUCCCUCACAACUACUACAUCCAGUGGCUGAACGGCUCCCUGAUUCACGGUUUGUGGAACCUCGUCUCUCUCUGCUCCAACCUCUGUCUGUUUGUCUUGAUGCCCUUUGCCUUCUUCUUCCUGGAGUCGGAAGGCUUUGCUGGCCUGAAAAAGGGAAUCCGAGCCCGCAUCCUGGAGACGCUGGUCAUGCUGGUGCUGCUCGCCCUGCUCAUCUUCGGGAUGGUGUGGGUCGCCUCGGCGCUCGUGGACCGUGACGCAGCCAGCAUGGAGUCUCUCUACGAUCUCUGGGAGUUCUACCUGCCCUACCUGUACUCCUGUAUCUCGCUGAUGGGCUGCUUGCUCCUCCUCUUGUGCACCCCCGUGGGCCUGUCCCGCAUGUUCGCCGUGAUGGGCCAGCUGCUCGUGAAGCCGGCGAUUCUUGAAGACCUGGAUGAACAAAUUUACAUUAUUACCCUAGAGGAAGAAGCACUCCAGAGACGACUAAAUGGACUGUCUCCGUCGGUGGAAUACAAUGUAGUGGAGUUGGAACAAGAACUUGAAAAUGUAAAGGCUUUGAAGACAAAAUUAGAGAGACGGAAAGGGGCAUCGGCCUGGGAGCGGAACCUGGCGUACCCGGCCGUCCUGCUCGUCCUCCUCGCUGAGACGUCCGUUUCGGUCCUGCUGGUGGCCUGCAACAUCCUCCGCCUGCUGGUGGACGAGACGGCGAUGCCGAAGGGGGCGCGGGGGCCCGGCAUCGGGAGCGCCUCCCUCUCUGCGUUUGGCUUCGUGGGAGCCGCGCUUGAGAUCAUUCUGAUUUUCUAUCUCCUGGUGUCCUCUGUCGUCGGCUUCUAUAGCCUCCGGGUUUUUGGAGACUUUAUUCCCAAGAAGGAUGACACAACCAUGACAAAGAUCAUCGGGAACUGCGUGUCCCUCUUGGUCCUGAGCUCCGCGCUGCCUGUGAUGUCGCGGACGCUGGGAAUCACCCGGUUCGACCUGCUGGGGGACUUCGGAAGGUUCAACUGGCUGGGGAACUUCUACAUUGUGCUGUCCUACAACCUGCUGUUCGCCGUUGUGACGACCCUGUGCCUGGUCCGGAAGUUCACCUCGGCUGUGCGGGCGGAGCUGCUCAAGGCGCUAGGGCUCCGCAAGCUGCGCGUGCUGAGCGCGUCCAGGGAUGCAGAGCCGGGAAAGGCGACCGCGAAUGGCCGUCAGAAGGUCCUGUGAGGCCCCGUGCCGCCCCGCUUCCCCGAGACUGGCCUGGCCUUCCGCCCGCGAUGCACACUUUGCCAGGGUUGCGGCCGCUGCCACUGUCUGGUCGCCUGUGAGGACUUGGCUGUCGCGGCGCCCCGUGCACUGUGCGACAGCCCCACGGUGUCCUGCCACCCGCGAGGCGGCCCGUGGGACACUCCGCUCAAGCCACCCUGUUCAGUGCGGGACGCGGAGCGGCGGUCGGGGACAAGGUCGCACUGUGCGCGCUGCCCCGCCGCUCAGGGCGCGCUCGCCAGUGGGAAACGCCGCCUGGAUUCGCCCAGCAGGCUGUAUGUGCGCUCAGUUUUUUAAGCUCUUUUUUCAAAAACCUAUCAGCUCCUCCUGCUCCUGUGUGGGCCGGGAAACUGUGAGCGUGCCGUGGCCGCGGCCCCUGCUCCCGCCCCACCCCCUGAGCUGCGUUGCUUUUGCCAAUUUAAGCCUCAGACCAUGGCCGUGACCAGAUCGACACCGAACACCCAGUGUCGGCACCUCGGACGUCAGAGCAGCUGCGCAGCGAGCCGGCUCCGCGGCCGCGGCCUGGUUCCGCUGAGAGUUGGUCUCUGGGCGGUUUCUGCACAGGGCCCUAACCCGGAUUCUGCCAUCCCGAGCUGGUGUCUGGGGGGUGUGUUCCGACAGCUGCGCUCGGGGAGCUGAGGGGCCCCCGCGGCGUCGGUUGCCCGCAGUCUCUGUCAAUCCAUGAACCACAGUAUGUGUGUGCGCUCAGACCACAGUAAAAGAACUUCUUAAGUUGUUGCAUCUAAAGCUUUUUUGAGGGGAUAAAUGAGAACCAGGAUGCCUGUACUUGAUGUAAAAAAUGUCCACUUAGAGCCAAAAAAAUAGGAAAAGUUAAUUGGCAUAUGUGUAUGCCCCACUGACUAUACCUGUCCUUUGUUUAUACCUCUGCGUUUCCUUCCGAGUCUACUGUUGAAAAAAGAACAUUUCACGAUUGUAAACCACUGGUUCCCGCACCGGUGACUCCGUCAGCAGAAGACCCGCUGCGGAGGAGGUCCGUGGAGGCUGGCCUCGCUGGUGUUGCUGGUACUGCGCCGAGCCAGGCAUUAACGGCAAGUUUUGAUUUUCCCUGACACUUGCUUGCAGUCUGUCCCGCGAGCAGACCAGGCCACCGAAGACGAGAAGGCAGCUUUCAGUAAAGGAGCAUCCUGUGGAGGUUGCACCGGUUGCAGGGCACGUGCAGAGGAAGCGUUCCUGCGUGUUUGUGAGACGUCUGGAUGUUUCUGAGUCAAACAUUGAACUUUCCCACGUGAACACCAGGUCUCUGUUCACGGCCCGUUCCUGCCGAGGGCCUGAGUCACCCCUCAGGACCGGGAGGCAGUAACACAGCAGCCACCUCCUCACACUCCCUGCGCCUGCCCCGGGGGGCCUGCUCGUGUGCAGCCGGGCCAGGCUCUGCAGACGGCGGGCACGUCCUGGCCACGCCGUCCCCACGCCGGGGGGGGUGGGCCCGCAGCCACGCCAGGUCUGCUGCGAGAGCCUGCGACCGCUGGGCUGAGGAGGAGAGAAGCCCUUCCCGGCCCCGCAGCCGCCAUCCCCAGAGGGAGCUGCGCCUCGUUACUGCUGGGGGCGCCCAUGGGGGGACAGGCAGGGGUGCGCAGCACUCUCCAGAGGACCUGGCCUGCCCGUCAUUAAUUGGCUCUGCAUAUUUAAAUAAAUUAUUUAGAAAUUAUAAAA